AUGGGUGUUUUAUCGAAGAACGGAGCGCUGUACCAUGCCGCACAGAGCAUAUCACGACAAGGAACCAAAGAUAGCAGGAGCAACGCAUUCCGUUUUGCGGAUUACAUGAAUAACAUUUGCACGGUGGAUGGAUUUUAUCGGUUCUAUGUAGAAGUGGAACAGGAACACCAAGUCCGAUGGCAAAGUUUGGUCACACAAGUGCAUCAGAAGCUUGCCACCCAAAAACUGCCAAUGCCUGCAGUGCAUGAGCAUAAUCUGUGGGGCAAACAGGCGGUCGAAUACAGGAAAGAAACACUAAGUGAGCUUGUGCAAGUACCAGCCUUACUGUGCAUAUCUACUAAGCUCACCGUGAGUACAACAGUUAGGGUGCAAGUUCACCGGGGGAAAAAGAACGAACCUCUGAUGAACCCUGGUAAGAGCAAAGAAAAAUGCAAGGAAACAUGCGACAACUGGUACGACUGA